AUGGCGGCACUUAACAGAUUCAUUUUGAAGUCAACUGAUAAGUGUGUGCCGUUCUUCAACAUAUUACGAGGCAACAAAAAGUUUGAGUGGACAAAGGAAUGCAAGGAGUCCUUUCAGAACAUAAAAAGGCAUAUCGCAACGCCCCCAGUUUUGGCAAAACCAAUAACUAGAGAGACGUUAUUUGUUUAUCUAGCCAUCUCGGAAGAUGCGAUUAGUGCAGCUAUAGUGCGAGAAGAGGGUAAGUACCAGCAACCUAUUUACUACGUAAGUAAGAGGUUACUAGGGGCAGAAUCCAGAUUGAUAAAGUGGUCGAUUGAACUGGGGCAGUUCGACAUAACAUACCAUCCUCGAACAUCCAUCAAGGGUCAAGCUUUAGCUGACUUCUUGAUAGAAGGUGCAGGGAUGAUAUUAAUAUCACCAGAAGGCUAUAAGUUUCACUAUGCUCUGAGAUUCCAAUUUGAUGCAUCUAAUAACGAGUCUGAGUAUGAAGCCUUCAUCGACUUAAAGAUAGUAGAGGCCUUGAAAGUCAAAAAUCUCAUCUCUCAUAGUGAUUUACAGCUGAUCGUAAAUCAGGUCUUCGGGGAAUACCAUGCCAAAUGCUUGAAAAUGGCGAAGUAUUUAGAGAAAGUUCGGAAGAACUUGGAAAGAUUCGAUUACUUUAAAAUCGAAAAAAUUUUGAGAGAACAGAACUCCAACACCGAUGCCUUAGCAAAACUAUCCUCGCAGAAUGGUCUGGACGAACUAAAUCCGAUUCUGGUAGAAAUGCUGAGCCAGCCAAGUAUAUGUGAAACAGAAGACGUUGAGAUGAUAGAUAGCUCUCCAACAUGGAUGACUCUUAUUGUUAACUAUUUACUCAACGGGCAACUUCCAAAUGACAAAAACGAGGCACGAAAACUUUUGUAUACAGCGCCUCAUUACACAGUUAUCGAAGGAAAACUAUAUAGAAGAGGGUGUUCAAUGCCCCUAUUUCGGUGUGUUCUUCCCACAGAAGCAAUUGAAAUAAUUAGAAAAAUUCAUGAAGGCUUCUGCGAGGAUCGUGUGGGUUGA